AUGAAUCCCACAGACGAUAUUGGGAAUAGAAUUCUUCGUCUAGUCUUUAACCAGACCAAUGUAACCCUUACUCAGUCAAGCAAAAUGGUGGCUUCGACGGAAGAUGGACUCCGAAACAUGCUCCCUUAGAAGCAGGUAGGACUCGUCACGAUGAAGCUGAAACAGUGCCUCUGCCACUUUUUGAAGUAGGCCAUCGAAUUUGAGGAUGCCUACUGAAGAGGGAAGCUUUGUUUCUCUCCGAAGGUUUUCCUAUCCCUGCCAGAUGGGAUAUAUACAGAUUUUGCCUCCCAGUCAGUCUUUGGACAUCCGCAAGAGGCUGCUCUUACUUAAUAAUGAGCUAACUCUUAGGUUAGAGUCUAUUCUAACUAGCCAGACUAUUGGGUCUACCACUUAUAAUUUUAACUUAACUAGCUUACUCAGUCCAAUCUUGUCGCAGGAACUUCUAAAGGUUUCAGAAUCGUCCGUCUUGAAGACUGCAAAAUCACAUCUCGUCGUGACAAAGAGUCUGAACUACACUUUCCAGGCGGCUUUACUUGUUUAGCCCCUAUGUUUUCUACCCAGCUUAUCUGCUUGGUCGGCAGCCGUGAAAACCCCCGCUACCAUCCAGCUAUGUUAAUGUUAAUUAAGAUUAUCGAAAAGCUCCCUGUCGGGGCCUGAAAGCCCUUAUUCCCUUCCAUAAUGCUCGACUCGCCUGCUCGCCAACAACCGUCUCACGGCCUUCAAAGUCUCGCUCCUACGGAUAUGGGGCCCGCACAUACACCCCGUAGUCGGAAAGUUUGGGUCACCAUGCCGUACGCCAACGAAGGUUGCCUGCACAGAAAUUUCAAAAAAUGGAAUUUCUGGCCGACUUUCGCAAAAGGGUAAAACUUGUAGCCCAGGGCGAAACUCCUGGCUUCUCGCUAGAGAGUUGCCCGAAUGGCCUAGAAAGGCUUUGCUGGGCUUCCCCUUUCCAACUCCAAGUCUCCCUUCCCUCGAGGUAAAAUCUAACUCAGAAAAUAGACUAGGGCUAGUUAUCUAGCAUAGCUGUCCAUUUCUUCGCUAGCAAAACCCUGCCAGAUAUAAUUAAAAUAGGGCUCGAUACUGCUUGGCCGAGAGGCCAAGUCAAGUUGAGACGCCAUAUUUUAAUUAUCCCCCCGUUACCAUCCAAACGUGGUUUAUUUUUGGGACGAAUACCAAGUAGAUAUGAAAGGCGAAAUCAGAUUUAGGUCAGAAGUCAAAAAUGUGCUUAUCAGACGAGAUAAAGUCGUCAUUAUUUUACAAAACAUGGUAAUUAUUACUUAGACAUAUGUAUAUGAGCUUAAUAAUCUCAAGCCAGUUGCUUCUAUUUCUACAAUUGAUAACACAAAUGGGGUUGGCUCGAUUUCUUAUGAUAAAGAUAGGUUCGUUUUAGGGACUUUGGAUACAAAGCCAGGAUGGAUUAGAAUAGAAAACUUUUCAGGUGGAGGGUUUAAGACUGCGUCAAUUCAUGAAAAUCCGAUAGCAAUCCUAAGUAUUGAUUUUAGUGGGACAUAUGGAGCUACUGCAAGUGAACAGGGGACUAUUAUAAGGGUUUUUGAUUGUAUUACUUUAGAUAUAUUGCAUGAGCUUAGAAGAGGUAGCAGUGCUGCCAAAAUUUCGGCCCUUGUGUUUAGCCCUGAUCAUAGCUUUCUCAUUUCUUCUAGCAAUAGAGCUACAAUUCAUGCUUGAAAUAUUAAAAAUUUCCAAUCAGUAUCUGUAAGUGGAGCUAUUAGUAAAUUAUUGCCGACUUAUUUUCAGUACCAACGCAGCUUUGCCAAGCUGAAUUUGCCGCCUGAGGUAGCUUGAACUUGCCCAACUACAAUUGAUGAAGGCCCAAAAGCAUGCUUUGCGAAUGAGACUGACUUUUUUGUUGCGCAUUUGGAUGGGAACUUAUAUAAGUGCCAAAUCAAUGAGACUCAGAACACUAUAACUGUGCUAGAUACUAAAUCCCUCUGUGAGCGAACGAAAUUAUUGGAAAAAUCCAUAUUUUUUGAGUAAAAAACAAACUCUGGGCGAACAAAAAAAAAUUUUUUUAAUAUAUAAUUGACAAUUAUUAUAAUGAAAUCUAUAACUGUUUCUUUUUAUUUUAAACAGUUUGCAUUUUAAAACAUAAUUAAAUUAAUUUGCUUUCUAAAUUUCACGAAUUGGGAUUAUUUUAAAAUUUCAAAAAAAAAAAUUAACUCCCAGCUCAUGAAGGGCAUGAGUAAGCCAUUUUUAAAUUUCAAUGAAACUAUUGUAGAAGGUGAGAGACAAUGGACUUCUUUUGAAUAA